AUAACACAAAGAGAGCUGAUCGGCUGAAUAAUAUAAAAAGAGGGAAAAAAAAGAAGUGAAAAUCUCACUUUAUCCUCUUAAAAGCACCAUCUCUCGGUCCCAAUUCGCAAAAAAUGGCAUCAACAAGUGCAGUUGCUGCCCGAGUUUCUAACCUAAAUGGACUUGCUGAUUGGAAAAAACCGAACCAUUCUUCGUUUCCUAUAGGUAACCUAAGCCUAAAUGCAAAUCUAGUAGGUCAGCAGCUUGUAUCUUGGCCUGGUCACCAGAAAUCUCGGCGUUGCAGUAGAUCUCUCCGUGUACAUGGUUUAUUUGGAGGAAAAAAGGAUAAUAAUGAAAAAAGUGACGAACAAUCAAAGGCAGGAAUUCUUGGAAACAUGCAAAAUUUGUAUGAGACUGUGAAGAAGGCGCAGAUGGUUGUCCAAGUUGAGGCAGUUAAAGUGCAAAAGGAACUUGCCUUAGCAGAGUUUGAUGGUUAUUGUGAAGGUGAGCUAAUUAAGGUAACAUUAUCUGGAAACCAACAACCUGUACGCACAGAGAUCACUGAGGCUGCAAUGGAAUUAGGUGCAGAAAAACUCUCCCUUUUAGUUAACGAGGCAUACAAGGAUGCACACCAAAAAAGUGUCCAGGCCAUGAAAGAAAGAAUGAGCGAUCUUGCUCAAAGCCUGGGAAUGCCACCGGGCAUGAGCGAUGGAUUAAAGUAAAGGCAUAUUUCUCUGACUGGUGUCUGAAGCAAGCUUAAAGUUUUGUGAUUGAGCCGGUUAGAAGCGCUUGUUUGUUCUGUGAUUGGGAAUUAAUUUUACCGUGUUUCUUAUUCCAACGCUAGUUAAUGUUUAUAGAAUAACAAAGCUUGGCACUUAUGAUCUCCAUUGUUGUUCUGCAACCAGCAGAUUGCAUCCUUUAAAAUGUUACCUCAUUUUAUACAAAUAGGAAAAAGAGAUGUUGGCAAGUAA